UAGGCAUUAGAUCAGCAAUAUAACUUGGCAUGUUCGUUUAAAAUGUAUAUAUUGCGUUGCUGUUUAUUGAUAUACGCACUUUAUUAACCUGAUCAGUUUAGGAGACAUUUUACUAAUACCACGAGAAUGGAUAAGGCAUUUUAUUUCUACCAUGUCACCUCUAAAGCAAUCAGAACUAGACUUACAACAACAAAGGCACUGGUUCCACAGAUCCACAGCCCAAGGUCUGAGUGGAUGUGGCUCUUGGACUCAAAGUACAAGAAUAAGAUUCCUAAGGGGGUCUGGUUCUGCUCCACACUUUACAACGGUGGCCUGCCAACCAUCUCCCCGUAUGGUACAGAGCGAGUCAGGAUGCCCAUUGAAAAGGUUUUGGGCCAACUUGGUGGAGGUUUUAGCCUAUAUCAUGCCAGGGACGCUCAGGUGCAAGCAAACACUUAUGUCCGACUCAUGGUAGUAAAGGAUGGAGAUGACUUUGAUUGUUUAGAAUACAUGGAAAAAAUUAAUCCCAGAAAAAAUGACUGGCUGCAGCUUGUUUCAAAUUCGGAGUUUAAAGUUGCCAAACGACCAAAAUGGGUGGAAAUAUAUUAUCCCUAUGAAGUUGAUAUUACAGACGGCGAAUGGGAUAGUUUGGACUAGUCACCGACAAUACAUGUUGGAUGACGUCAUAACAUUUCUAAGCAGACGACAGCAAUAUUGACGACGACAACGAUGACGAUGAUGGCGACGACGAGAAUUGGAUAUCCUUUUAAUGAAACACUAAGAGCCUCUGUUAUCUUAUAUCUACCCACACGUAUAUGUAUUUUAACAAUUGAUAUGUAAAUAUGUCAGAUAUGUGUAACCUCUUGUGUAGAUAUGCAUUCAACUUGAAACAUGAACUAUUCAUACAGACAAAAUGGUGUUUUUAUCUUAACGAUACAAAUACGAUUUUUUCUGAAAGCUAUGAUAAAUUACAUUCCUACUUUCGUUAUUUGUUAUUUAUUGUUAACCCGAAUGUACCUAAUUAAAAACGAUUAUUUCAACAAGACUGCAUUGUACACGCUAAAUUUUAAUUGUAUAUCCAUAUAUAUUUAAAAUAAAAUAUUCA